AUGGCAAACAGCAGAUGCGCGACAGUGAAUGCUCUCGACAAAGAAACUAACAUGAACGAUCCCAGCCACAAUACCACCAAAAUGUCUUCCCUCUCUCGUCGCGCCUGCUACAAGUGUGGCAAUGUUGGCCACUACGCCGAGGUCUGCUCUUCUGCUGAGCGCCUCUGCUAUAACUGCAAGCAGCCCGGCCAUGAGUCCAACGGCUGCCCUCUGCCCCGCACGACCGAAGCCAAGCAGUGCUAUCACUGCCAGGGCCUUGGCCAUGUGCAGGCCGACUGCCCUACCCUGCGCUUGAGUGGCGCUGGCACCAGCGGCCGUUGCUACAACUGUGGUCAGCCCGGCCACCUCGCUCGUGCUUGCCCCAGCCCCGCCGGUGUUAAUAUGGGCCGUGGCGGUCCCGUUCCCCGCGGUGCAUUCGGAGGUUACGGCCGCGGUGGCUUCGCUGGUGGCCCACGCCCCGCUACCUGCUACAAGUGCGGCGGCCCCAACCACUUUGCCAGAGACUGCCAGGCUCAGGCCAUGAAGUGCUACGCUUGCGGCAAGCUCGGCCAUAUCUCGCGCGACUGCACUGCGCCCAACGGUGGCCCUCUCAACACUGCUGGCAAGACCUGCUACCAGUGCGGCGAGGCCGGUCACAUCUCUCGUGACUGCCCCCAGAAGGCCACUAACGGCGAAAUCCCUAAUGAAGUUGACCUGACGGCUGCUCCCGGCAUCCCUCAGCCCGCUGUUGCGCCCAUCGCGCCCAUUGCGCCCGUCGCCUAG